AUGAAGUUCUUCACCAUCUUUCCGGUUUUGGCCUUCUUCUGGUCUCUUGUGGCAGCAGUUCCUGCCGUCAUGCCGCGACCACUUCCUAUGUCACUCGGUGACAUUGUCAAAUGCACCUUCUGUGCCAAGCUUCCCUCGCUGGUGCAGCCUGUGUGUUAUACCCACUGUGGAGAGCUGAUGACCCGAGGGGUCAACAACAACACCAUGGUGGGCAAUACCACCUCAACGACCUCUCUGGCCCGUGCCGUCCUCCCGCUGGCCGAUGAUAUCUCCAAGAAGCCGCUCCCCCCUGUUGGCCGUGCCGUUCUGCCCCUGGCCAACGAUACCUCCAGGCAGCCUUCACUCCCGGCUUCCUACGAGGAUCUGCCCAAGGACGCAACCAGCAUCUGCGACUUCUGCGACAAGUUCUCCGGCGAGCUCGGCACCGAGUGCCACACCACGUGCAAGUUCUCCAACGCGCACAUCUUCACGCCCUGGGUCCCCAACGUCAUGUGGGACUUCUGCGCGGACGGCUGCACGGCCCACGGCUGCACGGGUCCCUACUACGGCACGUGCUUCACCGUUUGCACCAAGUGCUAUGCCGACGACUACCACAGCGAUGUGCGUCCGGCCUGGUAUGGUAGGCCACAGCCCAACGCCUGCUUCUGUCCGCGUGUGGAGUUUUCAGACCAGUACGACAACGAGUUGACGCAUCCUACGGAUGAUCCGUACGUCACCCUGAAUCAGCACCACUUUGCCUGCAGUGAGAGUGGAAAGGUUUGUUUGGCCCAGAUGUGA